AUGCAUGUUCUCUCGAAUGCAACAUCACAAUUUUGCCCGCCAAGAACAAGGUUGAAAGACUACUCUGCUCCACCCCAACCAACAACAACAUGUGCUGAAAUGGAGCGUCCUGUUGAUGAAGAGAUGCAACAGAGAGCCUUACCAUUGAAAGAUAUAUCUCAAGUAGUCGAUGGGCAACAUGAAAUUCAUGACUCAACAAGAAAACAACACAAAAACAUGUUGCUGCCUGCACGUUCCACUUCAUCAACAACGCCAAUCUCAACGCAAAACAAAACCCGUUCAACAGCAUGCACAGAGAAAACCACAGUGACUCCAGAGCAGUGUCAAUUCUCCCUCUUUGAAGACAAGGAUCAUACAAUAAGGUACUCUGAGUAUAGACCAACAUUUCCAAAGAACAUGUAUGAAGAGCAUGUCUUUACAAGGAAAUUAUUGUCUAUGCAUACAUGUGGGGAACAUGUUGAAAAUUCUCAAUCGUCCUUAAUGUCACCAAAACAACUGCUCUUGAACUCUGUGAAAAGUUGGAUCGCCAUAGAUGUUGGCUGUGGUAGUGGACAGGCAACUUUUGAUUUGGCACCAUAUUGCAAACAUGUUAUUGGUGUCGACACAUCACUGAACCAAAUAUCUUUGGCUCGACAACAAUUGAGAGACAAUUAUCAAACCAUGACCAAUGUAGAUUUUGAGAUUGGUGUUGCGGAAAAUUUGGAAGCCCUAGCUAGAAAAUACAUCAGUGGAAAUUAUGAACCAACAAAUAAUAGUGACAAGGAACUAGUAUCGUGUAGUAUAAAAAAGGAAACGAGUGACACUUUGGAAACAUUUGACCUUAUUGUCUCAAGUGCAAGCUUACAUUGGUUUGACUUUGAAAAGUUCUUUAAAAGCGUUGACAAAGUGCUAAAGAAAGGUGGAUUACUUGUUUCAUGGUGUUAUGGUCUUCACACAUUCGAGAAUGAACAAGCACAAAAAACUCUCCUUGAAUUUUAUCAUUCAGAUCUUUUGAAAGAUUGUUGGACGAGCCGAAGAUAUCACAUUGACACAGAAUACAAGCACAUUCCUCAUAUUCCUUAUCCGCAAAAUAAGGAAUAUAUAACGUAUACAAUAACGAGCAAGGUUACUUUAGAUCAAUAUAUUGGUUUCAUUAGUACAUGGAGUUCAUUACAUUUAUUUAUGGAACAGCAUGGAAAAGAGAAAUACCAAGAUUUGUUGGGAGACUUCAGGACGAAAAUGAGGGAGGCUUUGGGAUUGACCUCGCAUUGUGAAAGCACAACAUAUUUUGUAAUUCAUCUGCCAGUUUGGAUUGUAAAAACAUGGAAGCCCUAUUCAUGA